AAGAUCCAGGAGGGAGAAAUGAGCAACAUAUGAUGACUUGCGGGAAAGUCGUUCACGGAAUAUAUAUUGAGCGGAUUUGCCCAUGCUUCUUCAGUUGCGUUUGAGACGUCGGAAGGGGAGGUGCACGAUGAGCGACAAACAUUUAGCUGCUGGGUCGACAUGCCCCCCCCUGCACCCCGGGGUAUUGAGGUGCUAUAGCAUGCGGUAUUGCCCCUUCGCCCAGCGCACUCGGUUGGUCCUCGACGUCAAGGGGGCCAACUUCGAAAUCGUCAACAUCAAUUUGCAGAACAAACCCGACUGGUUCUUGGCCAAAAAUCCUUUAGGGAAAGUGCCAGCGCUGGAGAUAGACGGAGAAACAAUAUUCGAAUCUGACAUUUUGUGCGAUUAUCUGGACGAGUUGUACCCUGAGCCCGCGCUUUACCCUAAGGAUCCCUGGAAGAAGGCUAAUGACCGCGUCUAUGUAGAGCUUUGGUCAAAGGUAUAUGCACCUAUGUACAAGAUCUAUUUCGCAAAGGGAGACAAGCAGGUGAUAGCAAAGGCAUUUGAAGAAUUCCUGUCUGGUCUGGAUAUCUUCGAGACCGAACUGGCCAGGCGAGGGACCACUUACUUCGGGGGAGAGAAACCAGCCAUGCUAGACUACAUGAUCUGGCCUCAUUCCGAAAGGUUUUCCAUGUUGUCUCUGCUUGCUGGUGACGGCCAUGAGAUUCCACAACAUCGAUACCCAAAUAUGUUUUCCUGGAUUGAUCGAAUGAAGGAAGAUCCAGCGGUGAAGAAGAUAUAUUUUACGCCCGAGGAACAUUUAAAAUUUGUUGAAGGACUAAUUGGCGGGAAUCCUCCCUUUGACGGGUAGCAGUGACGUCAUCGCGGAUCUGAACGAAGGGAUUAUUAGUCUUCUUUAUCUUUAUUUUUCUUUCUUUUGUUAGCUCCCCCCCCCCUAUCUCUCUCUCUCUCUCUCUC